UCUCCAAACCUUCUGUGCUGCUGGAGAAGGAAGAAGAAGAAGCAAGAACAGCUCCAAGUGUAAUUAAUGAUCAGUUGAGAAAACUGCAAUUCAUCAGAAAGAAUAGGAAGCUAAAUAGAAACAGAGAGAUGAACAGCAUGGACUACAGUUGGAGUGGCAGCCAGAGCAUAAGCAUAAGCCAGAGGGCUUCCCACAUGAUGGGCUUGCCUUCCGCGAGCUUCGACGGGGUGUUCUCGCGGUCGAGGGCGAGCGAAACGAGAGCCAUGGAGGACGAAGCGCUGCGAUGGGCGGCGCUGGAGAAGCUGCCGACGUACGACCGGCAGCGAACGGGGGUGAUCCGGGCGGGGUUGAUCCGGCGGGCGCUGGACAGCUGCGAGGCGAGCGAGGAUGCGAGGAGAUAUUACAAGUAUCAGGCUGUGGAUGUGGGGAAAAUGGGUCUGGCUGAGAGGCAGGAGUUCAUUGCUACCAUUUUUAAGGAGGCUGAGGAGGACAAUGAUACUUUUCUUAAGAAGCUGCGCCAUCGGAUUGACAAGGUUGGCAUAGACCUUCCAACUGUGGAGAUCAGAUUUGAGAACCUAUGUGUGGAGGCUAAAUGUCAUGUGGGCAACAGGGCUUUGCCAACUCUUCUCAAUGCCACCAUAAAUAUUGCAGAAUCAAUUGUUAGGUUGUUUGGUGUCAAAUUUACAAAAAUGGCUACUCUCAACAUCCUUAAGGAUAUCUCUGGAAUUAUAAGAUCUUCAAAAAUGACAUUACUCUUAGGCCCUCCAUCUUCAGGAAAGACGACACUGUUGCGUGCAUUGGCAGGGAAACUUGACCCAUCUCUCGAGAUGGGAGGUGAAAUAACAUACAAUGGAUAUAAGCUCCAUGAGUUUGUCCCACAAAAGACAGCAGCAUACAUAAGCCAGAAUGAUGUGCAUGCCGGUGAAAUGACUGUGAAUGAGACGCUCGACUUCUCUUCCAAAUGUCAGGGCGUGGGGGAUAGAAAUGAACUUUUGAGUGAGUUAACCAGAAGGGAGAAGGCUGAGGGCAUAUUGCCUGACCCUGAAGUGGAUUUGUUCAUGAAGGCCAUUUCUGUUGGAGGUGGGAAGAACACUCUUCAAACAGAUUACACAUUGAGGAUUCUGGGACUGGAUAUAUGUUCUGAUACUGUUGUGGGUGAUGAGAUGAGGAGAGGAAUAUCAGGAGGACAAAAGAAACGUCUAACUACAGGUGAGAUGAUUAUAGGGCCAACAAAGACAUUGUUUAUGGAUGAGAUAUCGACAGGGUUGGAUAGCUCAACCACAUAUCAAGUUGUGAGGUGCCUCCAACAAAUUGUGCAUCUAGGUGAAGCCACUAUACUUAUGUCCCUCCUCCAGCCGGCGCCCGAGACCUUUGACCUUUUUGAUGACAUAAUCCUACUGGCCGACGGCCAAAUAGUCUACCAGGGUCCGCGAGUGAAUGCCCUCGAGUUCUUCGAGAGUUGUGGGUUUAAAUGCCCUGAGAGGAAGGGCACCGCUGACUUUUUGCAGGAGGUUACCUCAAGGAAGGAUCAGGAACAAUAUUGGGCAGAAAAGACUAAACCAUAUCGAUACAUUUCUGCAACAGAAUUUGUUAGAUAUUUCAAACGCUUUCACGUUGGCAGAAGUUUGCUGAAUAAUCUCUCAUACCCUUUUGACAAGAGGAAGAGUCAUGGAGCAGCCUUGGUGUUCAACAAGCGCUCUGUGCCAGUGAAGGAACUCCUCAAUGUAUCAAUUUCAAAGGAAUGGCUUUUGAUCAAGAGGAACUCCUUUGUUUAUGUCUUCAAAGCAGUCCAGCUCACCAUAUUGGCAUUGAUUGCCUCAACCGUUUUCCUGAGGACAAACAUGCAUACAAGGAAUGAAGCUGAUGGGUCAGUCUUCAUUGGAGCAAUCGUAUACAGCGUCAUUGUAAACAUGUUCAAUGGAUUUGCUGAAUUAGCUCUUGCUCUAUUGAGGCUUCCUGUGUUUUACAAGCAAAGGGAGCUCCUUUUCUACCCAACAUGGAUCUUCAGCGUUCCAAAUUGCAUUAUUCGGAUUCCUAUAUCUAUUCUAGAAUCUGCAGUUUGGGUGAUGAUGACAUACUUCACAAUAGGAUUUGCCCCAGAAGCUGAUAGAUUCUUCAAGCAGUUGAUCAUCUUCUUCCUCAUUCAGCAGAUGGCAGCAGGCCUCUUCAGGGUUGUGGCUGGAGUGGCUAGAGAUUUGACAACCGCGAACACUUUGGCAUGUCUCGUUACACUAUUCAUGUUUGCUGUUAGUGGCUUCAUUCUACCUAAAGAGAUGAUACCAAAAUGGUGGAAAUGGGGUUACCAAAUUUCUCCAACGACGUAUGCAUUUACUGCUCUUACGAUUAAUGAGAUGUUCUCUCCUAGAUGGAUGGACAAACUUGCACCUGAUGGCAGAAAAUUGGGGGUGGCAGUCCUGGAGAAUAGCAAUGUCUCCACCGAUGAGAGCUGGUUUUGGAAGUCAGCCUUCAUUCUUUUCCUAUAUGCUGUAUUAUUCAACGCUAUGUUCACUUUGUCCCUCAUGUAUCUAAAUCCUCUGGGCAAGCCAAAUCCUCUCAUAUCAGAGAACAAGGCAGUGGAGAUCAUGGAAGCUGGGGAAGUCGAGGCAAUGGAGUAUCCACGAAUUAGAAGGGCUCUAUCAUCCAGAAAUUCUUCUUCUCGAUCUAUAACAGGAGCUGAGAUGAAGAUACAAGGAUCAAAAGUUCGAAAUAGUGAUGCUUCACCUGAUUGGCGUGAUUAUGAAGCAUACAAGAAUCAAGCAAAAAAAGCUGCCUCAAAAAGAGGAAUGGUUCUUCCUUUCACACCACUUUCCAUGUCUUUCAAUGAAGUGAACUACUAUGUUGAUACGCCUCCGGAAAUGAAAGAGCAAGGAAUUACUGAAGAUAAACUUCAAUUGUUGAGGGGUAUUACUGGAGCUUUUCGUCCGGGAAUUCUUACUGCCCUUAUGGGAGUGAGUGGAGCUGGAAAGACAACCCUUAUGGAUGUCUUGGCAGGCAGAAAGACCGGGGGCUACAUUGAAGGAGAUAUUCGAAUUUCAGGCUAUGCUAAGAAUCAGGCAACUUUUGCAAGGAUAUCAGGCUAUUGUGAGCAGUUUGAUAUUCACUCCCCUCAGCUUACUAUCCGAGAAUCAUUGAUAUUCUCAGCAUUAUUGCGCCUCAGCAGUGAUGUAAGCAAAGAAGAAAAAAUGAGAUUCGUUGAUGAAGUGAUAGAUCUAGUUGAGCUUGAUAACCUUAAGGAUGCAUUAGUGGGGAUACCAGGAAUUUCUGGUCUAUCCACAGAGCAAAGGAAAAGAUUGACCAUAGCAGUGGAGCUGGUUGCUAAUCCUUCAAUCAUCUUCAUGGAUGAGCCUACAUCAGGACUUGAUGCGAGGGCGGCUGCUAUUGUGAUGAGAACAGUGAGAAACACUGUUGACACGGGAAGAACUGUUGUUUGUACCAUCCAUCAGCCAAGCAUUGAUAUAUUUGAAUCCUUUGAUGAGCUGCUUCUAUUGAAAAGAGGGGGUCAAAUCAUUUACUAUGGACCUUUAGGAAAGAAUUCUCAGAAAUUGAUUUCUUAUUUUGAGGAUAUUCCAGGAGUUGAAAAGAUAAAGAAUGAACGCAACCCUGCAGAUUGGAUGCUGGAAGCAAGUUCUAUUUCCAUUGAGGCAAGAUUGCUAAUUGAUUUUGCAGAGAUAUACAGAUCUUCAAGUUUAAAUAUGCGCAACACAGCAUUGGUUAGAGAGCUGAGCAAACCACUUCCUGGUACAACUGAUCUCUACUUCCCAACUCCAUUUCCUCAAUCCAAUUUUGGUCAGUUCAAAAUCUGCUUGUGGAAGCACUGGUCAGUAUAUUGGAGAAGCCCAGAGUACAACCUCGCCAGACUAGGUGUUACCAUUGUCACCGCUCUGCUUCUUGGAACCAUUUUUUGGAAGAUUGGUAAACAGAGGGAAAAAUCCACUGAUAUUACUGUUGUCAUCGGAGCAAUGUACCUUGCAGUUAUAUUCGUUGGCUUCGGUAACUGCUCCACAGUACAGCCAGCCAUCACAACGGAGAGGUCGGUUUUCUAUCGUGAGAAGGCUGCAGGCAUGUACUCGGAUCUACCCUAUGCUCUUUCACAGUUGAUAGUUGAGCUGCCAUAUGUGCUCUUCCAAACAGCAUAUUAUUCACUUAUGGUGUACUCCAUGAUGAGCUUUGAGUGGACUGUUUCAAAGUUCUUGUGGUUCUUUAUCAUCUCCUUCCUCACUUUCCUCUAUUUCACAUACUAUGGGAUGAUGACGGUGGCUGUAACUCCAAACAUUCAAGUCGCUGGAAUCUUAUCCUCCUGCUUCUUUUUCCUCUUUAACCUAUUCUCUGGACUCUUCAUCCCUAGAACUCUAAUUCCAAAAUGGUGGUCUUGGUACUACUGGUGCUGCCCUGUGGCAUGGACAUUGUACGGGCUCAUAGUGACGCAAUACAGUGACCUGCACGACUUGGUGAAGGUGCCAGGUGAAGCAGACCAGAGCAUUAGAGACAUUGUUAUGAAUCAUUAUGGGUACAGGGAUGACUACGUGAGCCUCAUGAUUGUGGUACUCAUUGGCUUCACAGCCUUGUUCGCAUUUACGUACACGUAUGGUCUUCGAACCCUGAAUUUCCAGCAGAGGUAGAGAAGACAAAUAAAGGAAAUCAUUAGCAAUAGAUAUAAGGGAAAUUUACUAGCUCAUAAUUCUUAUGCAUUUACAUAUCCCACGCCUAAAGUUUCAUAUUUACAUGAAAAAAUGUGUAUUUCACUCUUAAAAAGUGAUAACAGCAUUACUUUUAUGUGAUAUUAAGGAUUUGAGAGCUAAAUGUGUAAAUAU